CAUAACCUCAGAUUCAGAAAAAAGAAACAAUAAACAACAACAAUCAUGGUUUUAAAUCCGAGAGAUUCAGCAAAGCUAAUAUCCGAGCAAGCUUUACAUGUUAAGAUUAUCGAUUAUGGAAUAGAAAAACUGGGUAAUAUUCUUGUAGAGGAAAUAGAAUCAGGUAGAUUGAAACCCGAUAACUUUAGUCAAACAGACGUACAUCCAAAGGCCGAGGAUAAAAAUGCUGCAGAUUGGAUUUUCGUUGUGGAUACCUUGAAUUUUUGCUUUUGGCAUCAUAAGUGGAACGAAGGAUGGGUGGUUGAGGGUUAUACCGGGUAUUUUGCGUUGUGCGCUGCAAUAAACAGGGCUAUUAAAGAUGGGAUCGACAUACUCAAUCCAAAAUUCUAUUCGACAAUAACCGAAAGCCAGUUAAAAAAAAUCUUCAGAAGCGAUAAUAAAGUUGAAAUACCCUUAUUUACAGAAAGGGUAAAAUGUUUGCACGAAGUUGGUAAUGUUUUACUUGAAAAAUUCGAUGGUUCCUUCGAGAACGUGAUAAAAAAAGCAGACAACAGUGCAAAAACUCUGCUUAAUUUAGUCGUCGAUAAUUUUCCCUGUUUUAAAGAUGAAGCAGAAUUCAAUGGUCAACAGGUAUCUUUUUAUAAAAGGGCGCAAAUCUUAAUCGGAGAUUUAUGGGCAUGUUUCAAGAACGAAGGACUGGGUUAUUUUAAAGACAUAAACGAAAUUACAGCCUUUGCUGAUUACAGAGUCCCACAAACUUUACUCUGGUUCGGAGUUUUGGAAUACGAGGAUGAUCUUUUAGGUUUUCUUGAAGAUAGUGUUGCUCUCAGUAAUGGAGAUGAUGAAGAAAUCGAAAUCAGAGGUUGUACACUUCACGCCGUGGAGUUGUUGAAAGAUUACGUUAAUAAGAAAAUCGGUGAUGGGAAAAUCAAUUCUGUUUUGAUUGAUCACUUUUUGUGGGAUUUUAGAAGGAAACACGCCAAAGAAAUUGAAGUGAAAGGAUUGCCGUUUCAUAAAACUUUAAGUAUUUAUUAUUGA